AUGACGAGUGUCACAACUGGCAUGGCAAUCUACUGCAUCUGUGGGACCCUGAGGAUCCAGAGGAUCAACACGACACUCGUCCAAUGGACAUACUGCCUUCAUCUCUGCACAUUGAUCCAUAGACACACAACAGGGAAGAAGGACAGUCCAACGGAAUGCCCAUUUCCUAACAUCCCAAAAGCACACCCUCGUUCCCUCCCACCUAAUUGGGUAAGAUUACGACCAGAUGUGCCUUGGUUGUCACAUAGUCAGCCAUUUAUUCUGCUUUUACCUGUUAUCAAUGUAAUCCAACCACCUGUAAUAUUGAGGUGUGCUGUGGCACCAACACUAUCACAUAUUUUAUGCCAAAGGUCGCAAGGCACUUUCAUUAUCCCCUUCAGAAAGCAGCACACUUCUCAGCCCACGCCAGUGUUUGCACAUUGA